AUGGAGAAAAAGAAGAUUGUUGCCAUUCGUAAUUUAUGUAUUCCUCACGAGAUUACCUUUGAAAUUCUAAAAGAGGUUCCUGCCAAGUCUUUAAUGCGGUUUAGCGAAGGUGCCAUUCAGUACUUGAAUCAGUCACGUUUCAGUAAGCUUCACUCUCUUGCAUCGACCAAUGGCUUAGUUUGUCUAUGGAACUUUUAUGGGGAUGUUGCUGUUCUUAAUCCUUUUACACAAGAACAUAUCUUUCUUCCUUGUCAACAACCUUUAAUCGGCCGUUGCUCCCUGGGAUUUGAUCCCACCACCAAAAAAUAUAAAGUAAUCAAGGCACAGUGGAUACGAGGGGGUCGAACUUCAUGGGAAGUGAGAUACUGCAUUUACACUAUCGGGGUGGACAAAACAUGGAGAGAGAUUCCUGACUGCGCCAAUGUUCUCCCUCAAUACAAUUUUGUUUAUAUCGGCGGAGUCAUUUAUUGUGUAAAUAGCCUUUCAAAUCCUUAUAGUAUAGCUGCAUUCAGUGUGGAAGAAGAAAAGUUUAUUAGAAUGAUCUUGUUACCUGAUGGGAUGUUGGCAAAAAAUUCAAAGAUAGUAGAAACAAAGGGUCAAGUUGCACUUGUAGAUCACAGAAAUAUUAGAGGCGAUGGCCACAUUAGUUUGUAUGUUGUGAAUGGUACUGGUAAAACUCAGACAUGGGUGAAACAUAUAAUUGCGCUGCCACCAUGA